UUAAGAAGUAAUGGAUCAACCAGUUUCGGAUCCGGGACCAGUAAAGGGAGAGUGCAUGGAUCAACCAGUUUCGGAUUCGGGACCAGUAAAGGGAGAGUGCAUGGAUCAACCAGUUUCGGAUUCGGAACCAGUAAAGGGAGAGUGCAUGGAUCAACCAGUUUCGGAUUCGCGAGACGACUAGUAAAGGGAGAGUGCUUGCCUUUUAGUUGCGACUACUGCGAUCGAGAAUUGGUGCAUAAAAUCGCGCAAGUCUUGCUUCCCGGAUUAGCCACGGCUUGUGUCGACAACACUACCGGCGGCCUUUUCAAGAGCCCGUCUUCCGUGGCCAUCGAUCUGAGGAAGGAAAUGGUGGACUAUCUCACCCAAAGAAGCGAGACUUUCAUCGCCGAAUCUGUUGUCCCACAAGAAGGCGCGCAGGCCCAGACGGAAGAAACUUCUGACGAUCCAGUCGAAAUCAUAUCGGAGUUUCUGGACAACUUUUCGAGCUCAAAGAGAAACUUCUUCAGCCGCGUUUCGAAUUGGUUGCUGAGCGAGAGCCGAGAGGACAAAAUCGACGACUUUGUGCAAGAGAUGGAGAUGGACGAAUUUUGGUCGAUCGACAGGAGGGAAACCGUUUCACAAGUGCUUCUUAGGAACGUCGACUUGAAGAGCGCUUUCCAUUGCGUGAUGAAAUUCGGCUCGGAACAUGAGCUCGUUGCGCAUAAAAAUGCUUGUUGCUUUAGGCCUAUGGAUUGCCCCAAUGAAGGAUGCCUAGCUAAAUUUUCUGCUGAACACAUGGAGAAGCACGACUCGGCGUGCCCGUUCAAAGUGCUCUCUUGUGAGCAGAACUGCUCACAGAGCCUUAUGAGGCGCGAGAUGGAUAGGCAUUGUAUAACAGUGUGCCCUAUGAGGCUCAUAAACUGUCCUUUUAACCAAGCAGGUUGCGAAUCUACUAUUCCGCAGUGUACUCUUAAAGAGCAUUGCUCGCAAUAUCUCCAAUCGCAUAUUCUUUAUGUUCUCCGAACAAUUCACAAGCAAGGAGUUUCAGAGGAAGAGCUAAAACGAAAAGCGGAACUCCUCGAGAAGUCUCUGUCUGAAAGCCAAGUAUCUAGAGCAUUGGAUGUGAGAUCUUUGACCUACGCGAUUAAGCAGCAGGAAGCAAAGAUGCAGAAAACGGAAGGUGAAGUCGGUGCUAUUAUUAGCUAGAGAGUGAUGUGAUGUUUAUAUUUUCGUAUGCGUAAAUGUGAUAGCGCAAAUAAUUCCGUCGAAACGAGCAGAGCUUUCGAUUGUAUUUUGUUAAUUCUUUAUUGACUGUUGAUUAACGAAUAAAGCGACAUGUGCGAUCUCAUUUUGUAAGUAAUUACAAGUCUCUUCUGUUAUCAGUACCAAGAAAUUUUUUUCUCUUUAUAAUGAUAAUAAUAAUAAACAUGCUU